AUGGAGACGAACACCACGCACGACACCAGUGAAGGUGCAAGUCACGCCGAAGUUGCAAUAUAUUGCUUGACAAUAACUAUUACAUGUUUCGGCAUUAUCGGGAACACCAUGGUUUGUGCAAUCGUCAGUUCAACUCGUGAAUUACACACUUAUACAAACAUGUUUAUCGUGCAUCAAGCUGUGAUCGACCUUCUUGGCUCAAUUAUAUUGCUCCUGGACAACGUUCUUGCACGCCCAGUCGAGGUGGCUGGUUACCUGUUACCCGCAGUGUACUGUAAACUAUGGGUUUCUCGGUAUUUCUACUGGACCAAUUUAGUUGCCUCUACGUUUAAUCUUGUGCUGAUUACAUUUGAACGUUAUGUAGCUAUUGUGUACCCGUUACGAUAUGUUAGCAUCUACACCAACACGACGGUUAUCAUCAUGAUUAUGAGCGCAUGGGUCUUGGCAUCAGUUUAUAAAAGCUACGUGUCUGUUUUUCGCUAUGUGAAAGACGGUAUUUGUUACUCCAACUGGAGCAAACUCGAUCCCCAUCUGCAAACGUUCAUUGGUGUAAUGGCGUUUCUUGUAGAAUAUUUUGUACCUGUUAUGGUGAUAUCUCUCGCAUAUAUACACAUCGCCGUCGUUCUUAAACGCAGUGCGACUGUCAAUGUUGGUGGCACUAGUCGAGUGGGACAGACUGGAGGCAGGUCUGCCGAAGGGUGCAAUGAAAAAUCGGCGUCCAUGCUCCGUGCAAGGAAUAACGUUUUAAAGAUCCUUCUGCUAGUCGUAUUGGCCUACGUAAUAUGCUGGUCACCCAACCAGUUUUUAUUUCUGAAGUACAAUCUUACGAGUGAAUAUGAUUUUCAAAGCGUAUUCUACCACUUUACUGUGUUACUAGCAUUCUGUAAUCUGUGUGUCAAUCCUGUUAUUUACGCACUCAAAUACAAGAAGUUUAGGAAACCCUUAAAACGUAUGUAUUUAUGGUGUCGUGGUAUCCAAGUUGUGGAAUCUGAAUUGACAGAAUAUACGUAG